CGUCGCGCACGGAAACAUGUGAGUUUCGAAGCCACGCAGCUCAUAUGGCACCUGCUCGGCUCCCACAGAAAACCCCGGAACUGUCGGAUCCUGGUCGACUCAAAACUCCAGUUUUACAACUUCGACCAGAAAAAGAAUCCGCGCCCUGCAGACCUGGCAACUGUCCCCGCUGUCACACGCAGGCGGCCCGCCGCGUUUCCUGCCCGGUGUGCGCCUUGACUGUGACCCAACAGUCCUAAACAUGCGUCCGUUCCUUCGCCGGCGGCUGUCCCCGCUGAAACUGGUAGUACUUGCUGGGAUUCUCUUCAUGGUAGUUUUGGUGGUUCUCCAGAGGGACGUUGGCUCUGCUUCGUCUAACGAACCCUGGCUCCAGGAGCUGGUGGGCAGGAAGGACCAGAUGAUGGUCAUGGUCCGAGAUGCUGUCAACAACAUGGGCUUCCAGAUCCGUGCUCCACAGCCACAGCCAUCACACGAGCUGCCCAAAGAGGAUGUCAACUGUCCCAGCGGGUUUUACACACAGACUGAUCUGAAGCCACACCUGGAGAGGCCACCACAGGACCCCAACAGCCCCGGGGCAGAUGGCAAGGCCUUCCAAAAAAAUCACAUGACUCCUGAGGAGGAGAAGGAGAAAGAAGAGGGUAUGACCAGACACUGUUUCAACCAGUUUGUCAGUGAUCGGAUCUCACUCAGCCGGAGCCUUGGGGCAGACACCAGACAUCCAGAAUGCGUGGAACAAAAGUUUCGGCGGUGUCCUCCACUGCCCACCACCAGUGUUAUUAUUGUCUUCCACAACGAGGCUUGGUCCACCCUCCUUAGGACAGUCUACAGCGUCCUGCACACGGCACCAGCUAUCAUGCUGAAGGAAAUCAUCUUGGUAGAUGACGCCAGCGAGGCAGAACACCUAAAAAGCAAACUUGAGGAGUUUGUGCUUCAGCUGAAGAUCGUUCGUGUGGUCAGACAGCUGGAGAGGAAAGGCCUGAUCACAGCUAGGCUGCUGGGCGCCAGUUUGGCCAAGGGUGACGUGCUCACCUUUCUGGACGCACACUGUGAAUGCUUCCAUGGUUGGCUGGAGCCCCUGCUGAGCCGCAUUGUGGAGGAGCCCACUGCAGUGGUUAGUCCAGAAAUUGCCGCCAUUGACCUCAACUCCUUUCAGUUCAACAAACCUGUGGCCACCAAUCGCGCUUACAACAGAGGUAACUUUGACUGGGGCCUGUCCUUUGGCUGGGAGGCUAUCCCUGAAUAUGCAAGGGCACUGCGCAAGGACGAAACCUACCCUGUAAAAACACCUGCUUUUGCUGGAGGUCUCUUCUCAAUCAGUAAGAAGUACUUUGAACACAUUGGAACUUACGAUGAUAAGAUGGAGAUCUGGGGCGGCGAGAAUGUGGAGAUGUCUUUUAGGGUUUGGCAGUGCGGGGGUCAGUUAGAGAUCAUUCCCUGUUCUGUGGUGGGUCAUGUGUUCCGCAGCAAGAGCCCCCACACCUUCCCUAAGGGCACAGAGGUUAUCACUCGGAACCAGGUACGCUUGGCAGAGGUCUGGAUGGACGACUAUAAGAAGAUCUUCUAUCGCAGAAACAAGGCUGCUGCAGAUAUGGCCCGUGAGAACCGUUAUGGGGACAUCUCUGAUCGCUUAAAGCUAAGGGAGAAACUACAGUGCAAGAACUUCACCUGGUACCUAAACACAGUCUACCCAGAAGUUUUUGUUCCAGAUUUAAUACCAGAAAAAUUUGGAGCACUCAAGAACUCAGGAUCUCAAACUUGCCUAGAUGUUGGUGAGAAGAAUGAAGGAGGUAAACCUGUGAUUAUGUACUACUGUCACAACUUGGGAGGUAACCAGUACUUUGAAUACUCCUCUCAUAAGGAGUUGCGUCACAACAUUGGAAAGCAGCUUUGUCUUCAUGCCACACUCCAGCCGGAGCAAGUGAAGAUCGAACUCUGCCAGCUGAAAGGGAGGGGGACCAGUGUAUCUCCGCAACAGGAGUGGGUGUUUACAGAGGAAAAUCUUCUGAAGAAUCCCAGCAGCGGAAAGUGUUUACAUCUAAACGGUGGCCAAGUACAGAUGGACCAGUGUAACGCUGCUAACCUGAACCAGCACUGGACCUUCACCUGACCCUCUCAUCCAGACAUCAGCUGACCGGUGAUACCGUGUGUUCCCAGACUCAACGCGGAUCCAGAAGCUGUGAAGCUUAAGACGCUCGAUGAUGCUAAGAGGACAAUUAAAGAUGAAGGACAAUGUGAAAAGUGCCCCUAUGUUGGAGCGCUUACAUUUUUAAAGUUAUGACAGGAACUCAUAAAAGAAUUUUUAAGGUGGCUUGGGUGGUGGUCGGGGUGGGGGUCGGGUGCUGUCAUACAGUAUGAACCUCUUGCUCAGGGUCGGCAAGUUGACGCUUUGCUGUGUCUUACACUCCAGCUUUAGACCACUGAGUGACUUUUUGUCUGAAAUGUCACAAUAUGAAUAUAGUCUUAAGAAAGAGAUGUCAGUUUUUUAAAAUAAAAAAAUCCUGUCUUGUCAUUGUGCAUACAUUGUCAUUUGCGAAAGAGAGAAAUAUUUAUUUUUGUAAUCACAAAGUAUUUUGGAAGUGUUUGUGGCAGUUGCUCAACUAAACAGCUGUGACCUGU